ACGUAUUUAAAUACCAAUAACUCUUCAAUUUAAAUUUAACACAUUAAAAGAAACCCGCGUUAUCAAUUUCAAUACACAUGUGGACACGCCCCUUCAUGCAUAGUUGGCAGUAGAUGGCGCUACGCACUGACGACACACCUUUGACAGGUACGACUUUCGGCCAUUUUACAAAGUGUUGAAAGUUUUAUGACCUUAUAUAGCUGGAUUAUCAAUGUGCGCAUGGAAUUAAUCGGAUUUAUUCGCUAAAAGACAAUUUCCUGCCUAUAUUAAGGCUGCUAUAGGUGGCAUAUUAUUUCUAGUCCCAAUGCCAGUAUAGCGAGAGGAUAUCAUGGCUGCGAGAGACGUGCAAAACUUUGAGACCAGCCGCAUCAGUGCCCUCAGAGAUGAGAGAGUCUAUAUACAGAAGAAAACAUUCACAAAAUGGGCAAAUGCCUUUCUAGAAAAGGCUCGACUGGAGAUACAUGAACUGUUCAAGGACCUGGGUGAUGGCAAGAUCCUUAUGAAGCUGCUGGAGAUCAUCUCAGGAGAGAACCUUGGCAAGCCUAACAAAGGCAUCCUGCGUGUACAGAAGGCUGAAAACAUCAACAAAUGUCUCACCUUCCUCAGGACCAAGGUGUACUUCGAGAACAUUGGUGCAGAGGACAUAAUGGAUGGCAACCCCCGCCUCAUUCUGGGCCUCAUCUGGACCAUCAUUCUGCGCUUCCAGAUCCAGGAGAUAGAAAUAGAAGUGGAUGAGGAUGAUGAGAGUGGUGAGAAGAGGUCUGCCAAGGACGCCCUGCUGCUCUGGUGUCAAAGGAAGACUGCGGGGUAUCCUGGUGUAAACAUCACCAACUUUACCAACAGCUGGAGAAACGGGCUGGGCUUCAAUGCUCUUAUACAUGCUCACAGGCCAGACUUGAUAGAGUACGAGAGACUGGUGCCUACAGACCACAUGGGUAACCUGAACAAUGCCUUCAAUGUCGCUGGAAAUGCACUGGGCAUUCCAAAAAUCCUCGAUGCAGAAGACAUUGAUGUUGAAAGGCCAGAUGAGAAAUCCAUUAUCACUUAUGUGGCCUCCUACUACCACUACUUUGCCAAGAUGAAAAGUGAAAUGACAGGAGGCAAGAGAAUUGCAAAGAUUGUGGGCUCCAUGUUGGAGCUGGACAAGAUGGUGAAUGACUAUGAGACACUGACCACAAAGCUGCUGGAGUGGAUCAAGGCAAAGAUUGCCAGCCUCAACAACAGGUCCUUCCCCAACUCACUCACUGGCAUUCAGGAGGAACUCAUAGCCUUCAAGGACUACAGAACUGUCGAGAAACCCCCAAAAUUAUCAGAGAAAGGCAAUAUAGAGGCAACAUUCUUCAACAUCCAAGCGCGUCUUAAGGCUAACGGCCAGAAAGUGUACAGCCCACCAGAAGGCUUCCUGAUCCACGACAUCGAGAGUGCCUGGAUGAAGCUGGAGAAGUCCGAACAUGGGCGUGAGACCGCCCUCAGAGACGAGCUCAUACGUCAGGAGAGGCUGGAACAGCUGGCACAGAGGUUCAGACGGAAGGCUGAGAUCCGAGAGUCGUGGCUGCUGGACAUGGCCCAGAUCCUGGAUGAGAAGGCGGAGUAUGACACCAUCACCAAGGUGGAGGCAGCCAUGAAGAAACAUGAGGCCAUCAGCGCUGAGAUACUCGCCAGGAAAAAUCGCUACCAGGCAUUGAACACUCUAGCCGUUGAGUUGGUGGAAGGCAAUUACCAUCAGAAGGAAGCUGUCAAAGCAAAGGAUGCUUACAUCCGUAAAAAGUGGGAGGAGCUUCUUGCAGCCCUGGAGCAGAGGAAGCUCACCAUCGCUGGCUUCAACAACCUGAUGACCAUGUUCAGGGAGAUAGACACCAUCGGGCAUGAGCUGGCCGAGGUGGAGACCAAGGUGAAGGUCACAGACACAGGCAAGCACCUGCAGGGAGUAGAGAACUUCCUCCAGGAGCACAGUCUACAGGAGGCCCAGUUGCACUCGCUGGCAAAAAGGGUACGGGAGCUGAACCGGCGCUCCAAGCAGUACAACAACCCAAGCGACCCUGAGAUGAAGAUGCUCGAACAGGGGCUGGAUGAUCUCAACAGGGACCUCGAGAGGGUGAAGAAUCUGAGUGACAAGCGUAAGAAGGAGCUUGAGGUGGCCAAGAAGUACUAUGAGUUCCUGCAGAAUACAGAGGAAGAAGAGCGCUGGGCUCUUGAGAAGAUAGGCCUCUGUAGGGAGACGGAUAUUGGCAAGGAUCUCAAUGGGGCCUGUGUGCUCCUAAAACGACAUGAGCAAACUGAGGCUGAGAUGGCUGGCAGGUUCCCGGUCUGUGAGAAGGUGUGUGGGGUGGGCCAGGACCUGGUGAACCAGGGACACCCGGACAGGGCUGGAAUUGGCUCCCGUAUUAAGUCCCUCAUGGACAAGUGGAAGCAACUACAGGACCUCGCCAAGGCCAGGAGGACCAAACUGGAGGAUGCAGUAGAGGCACACCAGUACUACACGGAUGCCAAUGAGGCAGAGUCUUGGAUGAAGGAGAAGAUGCCCCUAGUGACCAGUGAUGACUAUGGCAAGGACGAGGCCAGCGCCCAGGCCCUGCUCUCACGACACAACCGCCUUGAGGGCGAGAUCAAAACCUUUGGAUCCGAGAUUAAGCGACUAGAUGAACUUUCACAGCUAAUGACAAAGGCAGCUAGCGAACACAAUAUCAGUGUGGACAAGUUCAAGCCUGCAGAGAACGGCGAGCAUUCAGACGAGGAUGAGUAUGAGGACCAGGUUGUGGAGCGCCCCCAAGAGGUGGAGGUGGAGGAGGUGAGGGAGCGGGAGGUGUUGCAGGACGUCGUGGAGACCCGCCAGAUACCCCAGGUUCGCGCCAUGUACCAGUACCGCGGGCAGGGCGUCACUGUGGAGAAGGGGGAGGUGCUGAUUCUAGUUCAGAAGACCAACAAUGACUGGUGGCAGAUCCGUAAGAGCAGUGGCACAGAAGGGUUUGUGCCUGCUAACUACGUAAAGGAACACGAGCCCAAGGUCAUACAGAAACACGUACAGAAGCCGGUGAAGAUCCCUGAGAAGGUUAAGGUUGUGAAGACAUCCAUGAAGACAGAGGUGGUGAAAGUGAAACGAGAACGUCCAUCUAGCUCUCUCAGAAGGGCACCUUCAAUGCGCUCCAAGGCGAACCUUCACUUUGACAAGGAGAAUGUGGAGUCCAGACAGAAAGGACUGGUGCUUGCCUUCAACAAGCUCUCUAAACUGGCUCAGACUCGGCGGAUCAGCCUUGAGGAUGCAAGCAAACUGUUCAAGUUCUACAGGGAAUGUGACGAGUUUGAGACCUGGAUGAAGGAGAAGGAACUGCUGUUGACCAGCAAGGAGACCUUGUCAGAUAACAUGGAGGCAGUACGUAAAAAGUUUGAGCAAUUGCUGACCAACAUAGCGGCCAAUAGUGGGCGCCUGGCUGAGAUCAACAAGCUGGCAGACGACAUCUUGAACAGGGGAACCAGUCAGCAAGACCAAGUGAGGAAACGACAGAAGGAAAUCAAUGACAGAUGGGAACGCCUGAAUCGCCUAAAAUUGGAAAAAGAAAAAAGCUUGAAAGGGGCCUCAAGUAUCGAGCUCUUCCAGCAGACAUGUGAUGACCUCGUGGAGUGGAUCAAGGAGAAGGACAAUGUGCUCAGUGCCACAGAUGACCUUGGCAAGGACCUCAAGGCCAACCAGGCCCUCCAGAGAAAACAUGCGAACCUUGAGAGAGAGUUGGUACCAGUACAGGAGAAGAUGAACAGAAUGGCAAAUCUUGCUGGAGCUGUGAAGUCAAGCUAUCCUGAGGAGUCUCGGUAUGUGGACAAGAGGCAGAAAGAGCUGGACAACAUGUGGAAAGACCUCAUGGACAAGGCGGCUGAGCGCAAAAAGAAGUUACAAGAUGAGGAGGAGAGGUUGCAGUUUGGGGACAGUGCUAAAGAACUGAUGGGCUGGAGUGCCGGCACCAAGGCCAAGUUGAAGAAUGCCGAGAUACCCCGUGAUGUGCUUACAGCAGAGAUACUUCUCAAUGAGCACAAGGAUCUGGCAGCAGAUAUACAGGCUCAUAAACCCAAGUUUGAGAAGAUUCAGUCCCUGGGCUCUGAUGUGCUCAGAAAAACUCCAGGGGCACAGGACGUCAAGGACAAGAUGAAGAAACUGGCCGACGACCAGGCUGCAAUUGAUGACAUGUACAAGAAGAGGCUCAAGGACCUGCAGGAUGCAUACAAUCUAGCUGUGUUUAACAAAGAAGCAGACGGCAUAGAUUCUGUAACUGGAAAUCAUGAGAAAUUCCUGGCAUUGAGUGAUCUUGGGUCUGACGUGGGUGGGGUUGCUGCACUGUUCAAGCGCCAUGAAGACCUUGAGAGCACACUGCAGGCACAAGACGAGAAACUCAAGGGGCUGGAUGAGCUAGCUGACAAACUCAUCAAAGAUGGACACCCUGAUAAGGACCAUAUUGACCGGCGUCGAAAUGAGGUAUUGGAACGUAGACAGAAGAUUAAGGAUCUAGCGGCCGCACGUCAUAAUGAUCUUCUGGGCUCACAGGUGUUCCAGGAGUUCAAACGAGAUGCUGCAGAGUUAUCCCAGUGGAUGAGAGAGAAGCACAAGACAGCGACAGACGAGUCCUACAGAGAUCUGGCCAACUUGAAUGAGAAACUCAAGAGGCAUGCUGCCUUUGAACUGGAGCUGAAAGCCAACGAUGAACGUCUCAACCAAGUGAAUAAGCAAGGUAAUGCCCUGCUAGGUGAUGGUCACCCUGCUGAGCAAGAGAUCAGGCGUACCAUGAAGGAUCUCAACAGCCAGUGGAAGGACCUGUAUGAGAAGUCCAUGGACAAGGGCAAGAAACUGCGACAGGCAGAGCAGCAGCAUGCUCUCAAUAAGGCUCUCGGUGACGCACAGGACAAGCUGGAUGAGAUGGAGAAGUCGGUGGCCAACCCUGACGUGGGAUCUGACCUCAGAGGAGUAAAGGAGCUCCUGAAGAAGCACCAGGGGCUGGAGAGUGACCUAUUGACCCUGGAUGACCAGAUUAACACUAUCGUGUCACAGGGGCAGGCUCUGGCUGAUGCUGGCCACUUUGAUCGGGUUGGAAUUCUCAAGGCUGUUGAUCAGUUUAAUAAGAGGUUUGAGAGGUUGAAGCCCGAGGUGGCUGCCAGGAAGUCCCGACUGGGUGACUCACUCCACUUCCACCAGUUGAGGUUUGAUGUAGACGAGGAGCUCCAGUGGAUCAAGGAGAGGCUGCCCGCUGCUGCCUCCACGGACUAUGGCAAGAGUCUCACUGACGCACAGAACCUCCAGAAAAAACAACAGAAACUUGACCUUGAGAUACAAGGUCAUCUGCCCAUUAUAGGGAAGGUUCAAAGUCGCGGUGACAAGCUGAUAGAGGAGCGCCAUGUGAAUGCCAAGCAGAUCAAGGACAAGCUGCAGGAGCUACAGGUCUCCUGGGAUGACCUUGUCAACAAGGCCAAGGUCAGGAAGAAGAACCUUGACCUUUCUGUCCAGAUACAGCGGUACCUGUCUGAAGUGACCGAGAUAGAAAAUUGGAUCAAUGACAAGAUGUCACUGGCGUCCAGCACAGACUAUGGCAAAGAUGAGAACGCCUCAGACAAGCUGCUGGCCAAGAACAAGGUGCUGGAGAUGGACAUCCAGACGUAUCAGGGCAUUGUCAACGGGGUCGAUAAGGAGUGCAAGAGGCUUGUCAGAAUCUCUCAGGACCCAGCCACUCUCAAGAAGGCACAGGACAAUCUGCAGGAUGAAUUAAACAACUUAAAGAGAUUAGCAGCCGAGAGAACAAAGCACUUAGAGCAGUCCAAGUGGAUGCAUGCAUACAUACGGGAGAGUGGCGACUUUGAGGAAUGGAUCAAUGAACAAAUGCAGACCGCAUCGUCGGAAGAAUAUGGACAGGACUAUGAACAUUUGUUAAUUCUCAGGAACAAGUUUGAUGAGUUUCGCAGACAGGUCGAGUCUAACCAAGAGAGAUUCAACCGUUGUGAGAAGAUGGCAAGGUGGCUGGUGGAUGAUAAGGGGCCGUACACAAAACAGGUGCAAGAGCGUCAAGACCAGUUGAACGAGGCCUGGAACCUGCUGCUGGAGCAGAUUGAGGCACGGGACCAGAAACUGUUUGGGGCCGGCGAGAUCCAUCGCUUCAACCGCGACGUUGAGGAUGCACUUACACGUAUACAGGAGAAGUUCCAGAGCAUAUCGGAUGACCUGGGGCGUGACAUCAAUGCCACAAACACAUACCUGAAGAAACAUGAGGGAUUUGAGAAUGAACUCAUCGCUUUGGAAGCACAGAUCCAGGUGUUGAUAGAUGACUCAGCCAGGCUACAGGAGACCUACCCUGGAGAGAACGCAGAGCAGAUAGAACACCUGCAGGCCACCGUGGUGGAGAACUGGAGCAUCCUGCAGGACCGUGCCGCACAGAGGAAGGAUGAGCUUACAGCCGCCGCAGAACUGCACAGGAUCAACGCAGAUGUACGUGAUCUGCUGAGUUGGGCUAACGAUAUAGAGCGUGAAAUGACAGCUGAUAAGCCUGUGCGAGAUGUGAGCAGUGUGGACAUGGUGCGUACCCGCCAUGAGGAGCUGCGAGCAGAGAUAGACACCAGGCAGGACGCCUUCGCAACCAUCAUCAACACGGGAGAGGACCUUGUCAGGAAGGAACACUAUGCUAGAGAUGAGAUUGGUGACAAGGUGAAGGCCGUGAGAGAGGUACAGGAGAGGCUGAACAGGAUCUGGCAGGACAGGAGAGAGCACCAUGAGCAGCUGUAUGACCUGCACAUCUUCCUGAGGGAUGCACAGCAGCUACGCAACACCUGCUCCUCACAGGAGGCCUACCUGAGCAGCACAGACUUUGGAACGACAGAAGACCAGGUGGAGGCCCUCAUCAGGAAACAUGAGGCCUUUGAGAACGUGCUAGCAGUUCAGGAAGAGAAGCUUGAGAAGGUGAAGGAACAUGGCAGUCAGCUUGUUGCAGAGAAGCACUUCGAGGCCCCCAAGGUGGAACAUACCCUUGAAGCUAUUGUCUCCAGACAGGGGCAGGUGAGGGAACUGAGCUCACAGAGGAAGAGGAACCUUGGGGACUCCCUGCUCUAUGCCCAGUUCAACAGAGAUAUCAUAGAGGCAGAGGGCUGGAUUGACGACAAGCUGAAGGUGGCCACAGAGGACAACUUCAAGGAGGUAUCAGACCUUCAGGGCAAGAUGAGAAAGCUGCAGAAACACCAGGCAUUCGAGGCUGAGAUAGUUGCCAACACUGACAGGAUACACAAGAUCAAACAGAAUGCGGAGGCACUUAGGUCUAGCAGAAAGGAUCUGGGUGACAGCCUGGUACAGAAGCGUCACGUGGCGUCAGAUGAUAUACGUCAGGUUGUGACCCGGCUGAUGUCCAAGUGGCGGGAGCUGCUGCAGGCCUCUGAGGACCGUGGCAAGGGCCUAGGGGAGGUCAAGGACAUUCUCCAGUUCAACGAGCAGGUUGACAAAGUGCAGGACUGGAUACGAGAGAAGGAGGCAUUGAUCAAUGCAGGGGACCUUGGCCGCGACUAUGAACACUGCCUGGAGCUGCAGAAAAAAGCCAACGACCACGAGUCAGCGGGUAUCACAGUGGAUGAGCGAAGGAUUGGUGAGAUUAACAAGCUGGCUGACAAGCUGAUCCAGCAAGGCCGCACGGACACCAGCGCUGUGGAGGAGCGCAGGCACACUAUGAACAAGGCUUGGCAAGACCUGCAAGGGGCCCUAGACACAUACAAGAAGGAUCUGGCGGCAGCCCUGGAGGUGCAUUCAUUCAACCGUGACGCUGACGACAUUGAAGACCGAAUCAACGAGAAGAUGGUGCUACUGUCUACAGAAGACCUUGGCAGGGACCUGGAGGCAGUGGAGACUCUACAGAGGAAACAAGAGGCAAUAGAGCGGGACAUGACUGCACUGCAGAACCAGCUAGAGAAACUGGAGCUGUUGUCCAGCAAGCUGUGUCAGAAGUACCCAGACCGGAUUGGGGACAUCACAUUCAAGCAAAAUGAAGCUGAGAACAACUGGGAGAAGUUAGAGGAGCUGGCAGACCAGAGAAAGGCCAAGCUAGCAGAGUCAUACCAGCUACAGAAGUUCCUGGCCGACGCACAGGAACUGAUAUCAUGGUCAGAUGACAUGGUUUCGAAAAUGAAGUCUGGAGAACUUGGGAAGGAGGUGGCAGAAGCCCAGACUCAGCUGCAGCUGCAUGCUGAGCGGAAAGCUGAGAUAGACGGGAGAAACCCGCACUUCUCCUCGGUCACUAACCAUGGCAACCAGUUGAUCAAGACCGAUCACUAUGCCAGCGAGGAGAUCAAAGGCAUGAUACAGGAGCUGGCCCAGACCCGUACAGGGCUGGGGACGGCCUGGGACAAGAGGCAGCACCUGCUGGGCCAGUGCUAUGACCUGUGUGUGUUCCAGGACAAGGCCGAGCUGGCAGAUGCCUGGCUGGCCAGCAAGGAGGCCUUCCUCACCAAUGAGGACCUUGGGGACUCCCUGUACAGUGUGGAGGCCCUGCUGAAGAACCAGGACCGGUUUGAGGGGCUCAUGGAGCAGCAGGUGGAACCCGUGCAGGAGGUCACGACCCUGGGCUGCCAGCUGGAGACCCACCAGCACUACGCCGAGGGGGAGAUCAAAGAGCGGCAGGCUGCAGUGGAGGACCGCUACGCCAGGCUGGUCAAGUCAUCGAAAGCACGCAGGCAGAAACUGGGUGACUCAAAUAAAUACCAGCUCUUCCUAAGGAACAUAUAUGAGGUGUCCAGCUGGAUCACAGAGAAGCUUCAGAUAGCCCUUGAUGAGACUUACCGAGACCCCACUAACCUGCAGGCCAAGAUCCAGAAGCACCAGGCCUUUGAGGCCGAGGUGAUGGCCAACAGGAACCGUGUAGACGCGGUCAAUGACAUGGGCCAGGAGCUGACAGAGGAGCACCACUACCAGUCUGACGAUAUCACCAGGCGCAUGAAAGAGGUGGAGACGAGCUGGGAGGCUCUGAUAGCUGCCAGUGGGGAAAAGAGAGACAAGCUGAAGGACGCAUAUGAAGCCCUGCAGUUCAACCGCAUACUGGACGACCUGUUGGUUUGGAUUGAUGACGUGGAACAUCAGCUCGAGUCAGAGGACCACGGCAAGGACUUGUCCUCAGUCAAAAAUCUCCUCAAGAAACAUCAGCUCCUGGAGGUGGACAUACACACACAUGAGGAGAAGGUGAAUGAUGUGGAGGAGGCUGCACAAGCAUUCAAGGAGGCCAAACAUUUCAUGAACAAGGAGCUGCAAGCCCGAGCCAAGGAAGUCGGAGACCGUUACGCUUCAUUGCACGAGCCAGCCAGCAUACGCAAGGAUAACCUCAAUGAGGCUCUCGCCAUGUAUCAGUUUUACAGAGACGUUGAAGACGAGUUGUCAUGGAUACAUGAUAAAAAACCCAUUGCAGAGUCUACUGAUCUUGGUAACUCAUUAACUAGUGUUCAAAACUUAAUGAAAAAGCAUCAGGCCUUGGAAGCAGAAAUAGUUGCUCAUGAGCCUUUGAUUGAGCGCGUGGCCCAUGCAGCUAAGAAAAUGGUCAUUGGUAAACACUUUGCCUCUGAUGACAUAGAGAGGAGGUUGGAUGAGCUCCAUACAGAGCUGCAGCAGCUCAAGGAAGUUUCCUCUAUGAGGAGGGCUAAACUGCAGGAUGCACUCGAAUCUCAGAAGUUCUACACUGAGGUGAAUGAGGCAGAGGCGUGGAUAAAGGAGAAGCUGCCGGCACUGACCAGUCCCGACCUGGGCAAAGAUGAGGACUCUGUGGGGGUGCUGCAGAAGAAACUGGACGCACUGGAGAGGGACAUUGAAAACUAUGAGAACAACAUCAAGGAGCUAGCAGCUCUCAGCAAGUCCCUCAUUGACAAGGGAAACCUCAAUGCUGUCAACAUUAAGAAACAGCAGGAGACUUUGGAAGCCAAGUACAAAGAAUUGAAGAUUUUGACUGUAGAGCGUCACAAGAAGCUUGUGGAGACCAGUCGCAUGUUUGAGUUCUAUCGUGAGUGUGAGGAAGUGAGUGCCUGGAUCGUGGACAUGGUGGUGAUAGCUGGCUCUGAGGAGUAUGGGCAGGACCUGGAACAUGUUGAGAUAUUGCAACAGAAGUUUGAAGACUUCUUCCAUGAGUUGAUGACCAAUGAGGAUCGUGUGACGCGGCUGUACAGGAGGGCUACUGACAUGGUGGAGGGGGGUCACUAUGAGGCAGAGAGGAUCAGUGUGCGACACAGCCAGCUGCAGCAGGCGUGGAACGAGGUGCAGGACGUGGCCAAGUCCAGGAAGGAGGCCCUGGAGGCUGCUAAGAUCGUGCAUAUCUAUGGUCGGGAUGCAGAUGACACUCUGGAGUGGAUCCAGGAGAAGGAGGGGGUCGUCUCAAGUGAAGACUUCGGUCAUGACCUUGAGAGUACUCAGGCACUUGUCAGCAAGCACGAGGUCCUAGAGCGUGACCUGGCAGCCAUCAGUGAGCAGGUAGAGACAAUCACCAAGGAGGCCGAGCAACUCAUAGUGAGGUUCCAGGACGCGGCAGAACACAUUGCAGCCAAACACGAGGAGAUGGUCCAGGCAUGGAAUGUGCUUGUGGAGAAGGCGUCACUUAGGAAGGAAAAACUCAACCAGGCAGAGCAGCUACAGCUUUACUUCAACGACUAUCGAGAACUGGCGGCUUGGAUUAGUGAAAUGAUGGCCGUAGUUUCGGGACUCGAGUACCCCCGUGACCUUCAGGGAGCGGAGGCCAGCAUGGCCCGCUGGAAAGAGCACCGUGCUGAGGUGGACUCACGGAAAGAUGCUGUCAACAGGUUCUUAGACACUGGCAAAGCCAUGAUUGAAGCCAAACACUUCCUCAGAGAUGAGAUUCACAGUAAAGUUGCAGACCUGAAUUCUUCCUGGCAGCUGCUAUUGGCAACACUAAAGCAGACACAAGUACUCAGUGAGCAGAACUUGGAGGCCCAGCAACUCAAGCAUGAGAUGGAGCAGUUGGAGGGCUGGAUGUCAGUGCGUGACGGCCAGGUGAGCGACCGUAACUAUGGAGACAACAUCACCCUGGUGGAGGAGCUGCUACGCAGGCAGCAGGACUUCGAAAAAACUGUGGAGGCACAGACUGACAAGUUCCAUGCCAUUAAGAGAGCUACACAGCUGGAGAAGUCAGUGAUGAGCCAGAAGCAGCUGCAGCAGGAGGCAGACCUGGCCAGGAAGGAGAAGGACCGCCUGGAGGAAAUGAGGAGGAGGGAACAGGGCCGCAUCAUGGAGUCAGCAACACCUCCUACAAGGACAACAGAGGAACGUAGACGUGAGAAGGAAAUGUUGAAGGCUCAAGAUAUCAUCCUCAGGAGACAGAAGUCUGGUGGGGAGGCAUCAGAAAGUGACGAGGACAGGACUGAUGAAAGAAGGAAGGCUGUUGGCAGAGCAAGCAGCAUAAAGAAUGAGAAGGGAAGUGGGUCUGCAGUGAGACGUGCUAUCAGUUUCCGCUCUCGUCAGGACAGUGAAUUGGCCCCUGCCCCAGUGCUGCAGAAAGCCAAGGAGUUCCGACAGGGAGAGGGUGUGGUCACCCCACCCCCUACAUCUGAUGAACCCGUACCAGACUUGCCCUCUGCACCACCACCGGAAAUGUCCAAGUCUCCCAUAGCAAAGAAGGAGCACAUGUCACCACCUCUCAGUCCAAAACAGAAACAUUUAGAACAUGUUAAAUCAGAAGACAAGAAAAAACGAACACCAAGUUUCAAUCUGAGAAAUAGGUCCCGCAGUUUCAAGGACAAACACCGGUUACCGGAGAAUCUUCCCGCAGCAGCGAUGGAAGGGCUGCUGGAGAGGAAACAGGAGCUGCAGAGUGGAGGCAAGAAGGCCACCAUCAGAUCCUGGAAGAACUACUAUGCCGUCCUCUUUGGACAGCUGCUCUGCUUCUUCCAAGACAAGAAAGGCUACAGUGAAAAGUUUGCUGUUGCGCCCCCUGUGAACGUACACCAGGCGAGGUGCGAGGUGGCAUCUGACUACACAAAGAAGAAGUUUGUGUUGCGUCUGCGGCUGCAUGAUGGGGCAGAAUUCCUACUGGAGGCACCAAGCCAGUCUGAGAUGCAGGACUGGGUCUCACACAUCAACAGAUAUGCAGCACAGUCCGCCAUGUUUCCAGACAUGGAGUUUUCCCAUUAUGAGGAGGAGGAAGACAGAGAUCAGCCCCCCAGUAUUGACAGCACAUCAGUGCCAGAUGGCCUACAUAAUCCUCCAUCAAGUGACAGGAGUGUGUCCCCCACAGAGGAGCUCAGGGUAGAGACAAUACCCAAGGCUGAGAGCCGCAGCCUAGAGGCGUCCCCACCAAGUAUGACUAGGCCCGUCCCAUCACCACGGAGACCAGAACAGGAGAAACACAAACAGUCUCCUGUCAACAAUGACAAUAAUGGCGGCCCGCGCCAGGACGAGGAAGUUGUCAGCUACACGUCUGAACCAAAGCUGCGACACCAGCCCGCCCAAGCCUCGCCCCGGGCAGCCAAGGAGCGCCCUCUAUCUGACACCCACCUCCCGUCCCCUGGGGGCGCAGCUGAUGAACAUGAUGACAAAGAUAAAAAGCGCAGAUCCAUGUUUAGCUUCCUCAAGAAGAAAAAAGACAAGGAGCAUGAUGAGCAUGAGAAACAAGAGAAACAUGAUAAACCAGAGAAACACAAAGAAUCUAAAAAACAUAAAAAAUAAGCAAUAAGCACUGACCUUCAGUGAGGGACAUAAUAAGGCAUUAUAUUAUUUUUUAUAAAACUUGUUAUCAAAAGAGUUCAAUACAGACUUGCUAUGCAAUUACCCAGAAAUGCAAACAUUACAUUAUAAAUUAACUGCGCAACUGACUUUGCAUUUUCAACACAACAGUUAAAAAGGUUCAAACAAAGCAUAUUCUAUGUUCAGUUUGUAUGCAGUCAGUACGCACAUGUGUUCUUUAUGCAGCAUGUAGUAAAAUGAUUAGAAAAUUAGAAACUUUGUAUUUCAUAUUGUAUUUUGUUUUCAAAUUCUCUGUUUAUUUGUUGAACAAUGCAACAAAUGCAAAACUGACACAAAACAUAAUAUGGUCACUGCUGAAUCUUUUUUUUAUUGAUUUAUUUUUUUAUUGAGUUGUAUUUGACGCAAAUUAUAUACUGGUACUAAAAAAGCAUUAUAUAUGAUAUGCAGUAAUGUUUUCACACAAACUGGAUAUGGUACUUCCUGACUGAGUCUGCUGAGGUCUACUAUGGGGUGUAGGUUUUAUGUGCACUAACUGAGACCACAAAGCCUUGGUCUAAUAAAACAAUAUAUAUCUCUUAUAACAAAAGGAUAGUUGCUUGUGUAUGCCUGUGUGAAAAAAAACUACCUUCUUGAAAAUGUUAUUGUAAGGUAUAUUUUUUUCUACAUUAGAGAUAUAAAGAAUAUUGUGAUCUUGUUGAUGUGAAUGUUAGAUGUAUAUUGUACAGAUGAUAUAUAAAUAUUACUUAUUUGUAUUAUGCCACCUAACAUAUUUUCAUUAUAAAAAUACCCAUGACAUAUUCAUAUUGUUGUUACAAUAGUGAAAGCAUAUUUUGACACAAUUGUAGAAACACACAAAAUACAUGUAGUAUAGAUCGAAUGUAGACGUAAUUUCAAAUUGUUGUGUUGCACAGUAUAUGUGUUGUGGAUAUACAUGUAAACCAUGUGUGGUAUACAAAUAUAGUUGAAUAAGGAAUACUUUUGUAACAGACUGAUGGUAGCAAAAUUACUAUCCUAAAUAUAUAUGAGCCUCACUCUAAGAAAAUGGGGCCUAAUGCAAGUGCCUAAAGUGUCCUCCCACGUUAGUCCGCACAUGCUACUCAGGGACCCCUUAGACUGGAUUUUUGUAAAGAAGAGACUUCGCUGAAACAAAACAUUCCAUAUUAGUAGGAAGUGUCGUGGCUGAUAAGCCUGUGCAGACUGCAUAGGCCUAUAUUGGCCAACACUUAAUGCACAUUCAUUCAGUCUAGUUUUCGCAGAACGCUACUCAGUUAUACAGAUGUACAUGGACUAAUCUACCUUUUGAUGUGUCACAGUUGUUUGGGAUUGCUGUUGUUGUCAUCAUGUCGGCAUGUCAGUGUAGUCAACUUAUUAUUCAAUACAUCGGCAUUUAUUAUCAACGGAACAGUUUUGCUCGAAAUGUCGUGUUCAACUAGAUCUUAUGAUAUAAAGUAUUUAAUUGAAUAUGUUAUGUCAUAUGCGAGUGACAUUGACUUAGAUUAUCAAACGUAUAUUUAAAAUAUAUCUUCAGUAAUAUUGUAUGGUUAUUGUAUUUAUGUAUCGUGCCAAGUCUAGAUUGUGUUAUUGUUUAACAUGAAGUGAUUCUGUUUGGUAUUUCUGUUACUGAAACAAAAACUCGCAUUACUACGCACUGACUCCUGCUAAAAACUGAUUCCACUCAAAAACUACAUAUUUUCACUUUCUGACAAAAGCCAAAAAUAUGGUGCAGUUUGUUUUUUUCAUGUGUACCGGUAUAUGUUAUACGCGUUCGAGCUGUGCUUUGUAUUUCUGUAUCUGGAUGUAUCUGGAGUGUGUAUUAUGUGUGUCGCUUUACCAGCUGUCAUGUAUCCAGAGUUUACUGCAAACUACAAACUGCUUCUAUUUACUCACUGUUACCACAUCUUUACGUCGCAUAGUGCUUGUUUGUUUAUUUGUGAUGGAUGCUUUCACGGAUUUGUGUUCGCAGUUAACAAUAUAGUAUUUGAAACCGUGUGUACUUCUAUAUUUAGCCAAGUGUUUAUAGUUGUAUAUUGUAAAGAAGAUUCGUGGAUAUAGUUAAAAAAAAUAUACUCACAGUUGCUGAAUGCAGCCAUUAGUGACACGGAUUGUUGUGUUCUGUUUUUUUCUGUCGGGUUUUCUAUGGUGUGUGGAUGUUGUUUAUUAUACAUGUUGGUAGGAAUUGGAUCUAUUUAUAUUGUUGCACUAUAGCUACUUCUAACUGGGAAUUUAUUAAACAAAAAUCGCCGUUACAUUCCAACAUCAGAAUUGUGACUUGAGGGUGACCUCCAACUCCACCCCUGUGAGCCAGGUUCCUCACCGACCUUGUUAAUUGUCUCCGCAUUCUUAAUGUGUUGAUGUUAUUUACUGACUGCACAUUAGUAUGAAGUUGACAAUAUCCAUAAUAUAUUACGUUUGUAUGGACCAUCAUUUAAUGGUGGCCGUUUACAAGGUGUUGUCAAUAUAUUGUAUGUAUCAUAUGCAAUAAUAAAUAUAUUUUUAUACGUCGAA